GCAUUAUACCCUACACUAUAAAGUCGAUUCCUGGGAUAAUUCCAAGUCAGUACGGAUACCCGGCCCAGUACGUGUAUCCUGCCUCUUACCUGACAGCCGCAGCUACAAGCCCGGGCGUCCUUGCCACCAUGCCCUCAGCCAGUCCGCUGUCCCCAACUCCUGCAGGAACGCCCACCCAGUAUACGUUUGACUACGCCGCUGCAUACAGCGCUGCAACGGCUGCCCAGUUUGCUGCAGCCGGCUAUGAGGCCUACAGCCCCUACACAACCACAGUCAGCAGUGCCGGCUACGGUGUCGGGUUGCCGGCUGGGUACACUUACGCCAUGCCCCAGCAGCUGACAGCCAGUGCCGCCCAUUUCGCCCAGUUUCAGCCGCAGCAGAUCCAGGAACGGUUACAGUAG